CUUGACCAGUCCGCGACACAAGCCAAUGACACGGCCCAGUGCUACGAUUUGUGUCGCGACUUUGAAGGAGGCGGGGCAGACAGGAACGAACCGAGCCACCAACUCCACAUUACGUUACCCAGCCGGCAACAGCUGCCUGCCAUCAUUAAAGCGCAUGGCAUGCAUCGCACCGGUUGUCUGUCUGUCUGUCUGUCUGUCUGUCUCUCUGUACACACACGAUCUCUCCUCUCGUCAAUCAGUGGGUGUGUAUGUGUCUGUUGCCGCGCCCACCCCGCCCUUCAUCGAGGUUCGCCUCGCCUCGCCACACAAACCGACAACACAGAACUGUGUAGCAGCUACCGAUUAAUAACGAGGCGGGCAUCCAGCUGUACAAAGAAGUCCCUCAUCCUCGCACGGCUCGUCGCUUUUGUCAGUCAGUCCAUCAGUCAUGCCUUCUUGAAGACCCGCGUUUCGUCCUUCGAUAUCGGCAGAAUCACAUACUCGGCAUUCUCAAACGUCACUGCAUCGCAUCGCAUCACACGCAGAUGCGUUAAUUGCGCUCUCCUCUUUGCUGCCAUGCAUCGUGUGUCAUCUCUCACCCCACCAGUGACUCUGUGAAGCGCUUCGGCCUUGUUGAUCAUCCUUCCCGUGUUCCGCACCACUUUGCCCACCGCCGCCGCCACGGCCUCGGCGUCGCCAUCGAACUUGCCAUCCCUCUGAAGGCACGAGAGCGCACACAUGAUGACCGCUCUCACAGAGAGAGAGUCUUGUUUGCCGUCACUGUUAGCUGUCAUGGUUACCCUCAGGAUCUUUCCACUCGUCGUAUCGAUGACCAUGGCGGGCUGCGACGCACGGGACGAAGCCAUUUUGCUCUUCG